AUGCCUUCCACCUAUAGUGACAUGAUCAGUCCCAGUGUUGUAAUAGGAGGAACACUGCAGAGAACAGCAGUGAGACAAUCAAAUAAGCAAGAAAUGACCAACAGUGUACAGAUGGCCGUACACAAUGAUUCCGCUUCAGCUUCGUCAUCUGAUGAAGAAUCAUUUACUGAAGAAGAAAUGGCCAAACUCUUGGAGCAGGUUGAGGAAAAGAAGAAAUUAAUCUCCACUAUUAGGAACAAGCCCUGGCGCAUGAAGAAAAAACUUUCCGUUUUAAGGGAUGCACAAAAGUUUGUGGAGAAAUUUGAAGGUGCUUUGGGAAAGGGAAAAGGGAAGAAAUUUUAUGCCUACAAAGUCAUGAUGUUAAAGAAAUGGAUAAAGUUUAAAAGGGAUUUUGAAAAUUUUAGAACAGCCUGCAUACCAUGGGAAAUGAAGAUUAAAGAAGUGGAAAGUCACUUUGGAUCAUCUGUUGCCUCAUAUUUUAUAUUCCUAAGAUGGAUGUAUGGGGUGAAUCUCGUUCUCUUUGGCCUAAUAUUUGGACUUGUUGUAAUUCCAGAGAUUUUAAUGGGUCUACCGUAUGGCAGUUUACCUCGAAAGACAGUGCCUAGACGUGAUGAGAAAACUGCUAUGGAUUUCUCCGUGCUUUGGGACUUUGAGGGUUAUGCCAAAUAUUCUGUUUUGUUUUAUGGUUUCUACAAUAAUCAACGUACAAUCGGAUGGUUGAAAUUCAGACUGCCACUUUCCUAUUUUAUGGUCGGUGUUGGUGUUUUUGGAUACAGUCUCAUGGUUGUCAUUAGAACGAUGGCAAGUAAUGCCCACGAAAACACUGCUGAUGGAGAUGAUGGGAAUUACAAUUUCAGCUUUAAAAUGUUUACUAGCUGGGAUUAUUUGAUUGGAAACCCAGAGACGGCAGAUAACAAAUUUGCAUCAAUAACAACUAGCUUUAAGGAAUCUAUUGUAGAUGAGGAGGAAAGUAAUAAGGAUGAAAACAUUCAUCUCACUAGAUUCCUUCGGGUCCUGGCCAAUGUAAUGAUAAUAUGCUGCUUGUGCGGGAGCGGUUAUCUCAUUUACUUUGUUGUGAAGCGUUCACAGACUUUCUCCAAGAUGCAGAAUGUUGGAUGGUAUGAAAGAAAUGAGGUUGAGAUUGUAAUGUCUUUGCUUGGGAUGUUUUGCCCACCUUUAUUUGAAACAAUAGCAAAUCUGGAAGAUUACCAUCCCCGUGUGGCUCUAAAGUGGCAGCUUGGUAGAAUAUUUGCUUUAUUCCUUGGCAAUCUUUAUACCUUCUUACUAGCUCUGAUGGAUGAUGUCAAUGAAAAACUAGCCCAAGAAGACAUAAUAAAGAACAUCACUCACUGGACACUAUACAACUAUUACAAUGCUUCCACAUUUAUAAAUGGAACUGAUACUACACCACCACCUCUGCAUCCAGCCGAUGUGCCCAGGGGACCCUGUUGGGAGACCAAUGUUGGAGUUGAGUUUGUAAGGCUGACGGUGUCAGACAUACUAGUAACAUACGUCACCAUCCUAGUUGGAGAUUUCCUACGUGCCUGCUUUGUUAGAUUUAUGAACUACUGCUGGUGUUGGGACUUGGAAGCUGGGUUUCCUUCCUAUGCAGAGUUUGAUAUCAGUGGUAAUGUGCUAGGCCUGGUCUUCAAUCAAGGAAUGAUCUGGAUGGGCUCAUUUUAUGCUCCAGGACUGAUCGGAAUUAAUGUCCUUAGGUUGCACACCUCAAUGUACUUUCAGUGCUGGGCUGUUAUGAGCAGUAAUGUUCCUCAUGAACGGGUCUUCAAAGCAUCUAAAUCAAACAAUUUCUACAUGGGACUUCUCCUCCUCAUUCUUUUCUUGAGUCUCUUGCCUGUGGCUUAUACAAUCAUGUCUCUUCCACCAUCAUUUGACUGUGGGCCAUUUAGUGGAAAAAAGAGAAUGUUUGAUGUAAUUCAAGAAACAAUGGAGAAUGACUUUCCACCCUUUGUUGCCAAAAUUCUCAGUUCAAUAGCAAAUCCUGGACUAAUCAUCCCAGCUAUUCUUCUUAUGAUAUUAGCAAUUUAUUACCUCAAUGCUGUUUCCAAAGCGUAUCAGCAAGCAAACAUAGAUCUUAAGAAGAAAAUGCAGAUGCAAAGAGAAGAGGAAAAGAAUAAACGCAAUAAUAACACCCAGGUUAAUUCGAUUAUGAGGGACCUGGAAGAAUUACUUCCUCCUAGUGCAAGGAAUGCACUUAGGCUCCAGACAACUGGAACAGAGAGUAACACACAGAUGACUUCACAGCCAACCAAUUGUAUAACCUCACCAAACAACAAUACCCCCGGCUUAUCAAGACGAGAAGGUCCAGCAAUGCCAACACCUCGUAUUGCUGUGACAAGCCCACCGGUGCCAAGACCCAUGGGGCCAUACAUGGGAGGACCACCAAGGUCUCCACAUCUACAGAACCCACAUCCUAGGCAUUAAAUCUACUGGGUCUUUACAAGAACUGUUUAUUUGUCUUCCAUGCGCAUUUUUGUAAACAAGAGCUUAUUUUAGAAAUUCAGGUUUAUAUUCAGAUUUUAGGAUCUUAGAAAAUAAUUCAGACUUUACUUAUGUCUUUUCAUAAUGCUCAUGUAGCACUAACCCCCACAGGGACUGCUGGAAAAAGACAGGUUCUCCCCAAAUAGUACAGAGGCCACCAGUUACCCAAGCACACUGACAAAUAAGGCUCAGUCUAGGGCAGUGGUAUCCAAACUGUGGCCCUGGGGCCAGAUGUGGCCCUUUGCUAGCCCUUAUCCGGCCCUUGGGGAAUGAUCCCAUCGACUGACACCAACAAUAGGGCAUAAUUCCUUGCACUAACAGCAAAGAGAGGACUCAAUUUCUCCCACUGACACCAAUGAUGGGACACAAUUCCUUCCACAAAUGAAAGGGCACAACUCCUCCUACAGACAUCAAUGAUGGGGCACAAUUCCUGUCUUUUUAGAUUUACUUUUCAAGAACUUUAAGGCCACGUACACAAGAUUGGUUCAAACUGAUGAAAACGGACCGAAGUUCAGUUUCAUCGGUCCAAACCGUCCGUCUGAAUAUCAGCUUCUCUGGAGGUAGCUGGGGAUGUCAGUACAUCUAAAGCCCCACAGUUGUAGACCAUCUGUCAGCCUCUUAUGUGACAGCAACAGAAAAGGGGUGAGAUGUGAAAGAUAUAAAUGAAAACAAAUAUGAUGGAAAAACAACAGCUUCACAAAAUACUAUCUUUAAAUUGAAUGUACAGAGCAUUUGUAUUUUUUUUUCUUUACUUUAUUUUUUAAUAUAAUUUUGUUAAAUGUUUUUGA